AUGACAAAGAUCAAACCUGAAGUCCCUGGUGGUGCAACAAGCGAUCGUAUCGUGUUAUUCAGUGAUGGACUGCUUUUCAGGCUCUGGGCUUUCUUGGUUGCUUUCAAGGAGCAGCUGACCUUCUACAGCGUUUGCAUGCUGAAGAAUGAAUGGCGGCUUGCUGGUAGUCAGGGCGCAAUUGGGACUCAGAGAGAAAUCGGUCGAUUUCAGUGGUGUUUAGCUGCGUGGAGAAUGGAACAAAAUAGCCCUGUUGCGGUGUAUUUGCGGCGCAUUCCCUUUGUAAGCUGGCAUUCGUCUCACUCAACCCACAGGCAGUCUGAAGAAGAAUGGACAUGUGAUGAGAGUAUGGAACCUGGCAUCAUAUGGUUGCAAGGGAUGUGUUGUGUG